CGCGCCAAACUCUCAGUGGCUUUCCUUCGUGUGGACUGAAUUGUCCACAGAAGCUCAGAGACACGCUGGUUUACGAUCUUCUGGGUGCUGGAUGUUUGUGGACCGGAGGCGAACACAGCGCGAUUCUCCAGAAGUAAUGAACGCGAAGUCGUCCCGAGGAUAAUCUCAUCUAGAUUGGGGAAUCGAGUCCGUCAACAUUUUUUUUUCGGUUGAAAUUUGGAAUUAUUUAUAUAUUUUUUUCGGACACAGGUGGUGAAUGAUGCUGAGCCACUACCUCCCCCUGCUGCUGCUGUGUCUGGCCGGGCUGCCCGCCAGGUCUCCGGCCCUGCCCUUCGAGCAGAGGACCUUCCUGGACUUUGCCAUGGACAACAUAGACAGCGACGUGGUCAGCGCCUUCAUGCGUGACCAGGAGGAGGGCUCGGGAAUGGAGGUGCCCGACAGGCCCACCUGCCCCUUCGGCUGCCGCUGCCAACUCCGGGUGGUCCAGUGCUCGGACCUGGGUCUGACCGAGGUCCCAGAAGGUAUCCCCUUGGACACCAAGUUCCUCGACCUGCAGAACAACCGCAUUACUGAGCUCAAGGAGCAUGACUUCAAGGGCCUCACUAACCUAUAUGCCCUGGCUCUGGUCAACAACAGGAUCUCCAAGGUCCACCCCAGGACCUUCUCCCCACUGAAGCACAUGCAGAAGCUGUACUUCUCCAGGAACCACCUGACCACCAUCCCUCAGGGCCUGCCUCAGUCCCUGGUGGAGCUGAGGAUACACGACAACAACAUCAAGAGGGUGUCCGCUGGGACCUUCAGUGGUCUCACCAGAAUGAACUGCAUAGAGAUGGGGUCGAAUCCAAUCCAGAACAGCGACUUCGAGCCUGGAGCCUUCAAGGGACUGAAACUGAACUACUUGCGCAUAUCUGAAGCCAAACUCACCGGCGUGCCCAAAGACCUGCCCGACAGUCUGCAAGAGCUCCAUCUAGACAACAACCAGAUCCAGGCAGUGGAGUUGGAGGACCUGAAACGCUACAAAGAGCUGUACAGGUUGGGCCUGGCCUACAACCGUAUCCGUAACAUCGAGGACGGCAGCCUGGCCUUCCUACCCAAGCUGACUGAGCUGCAUCUGGAGUACAACCGCCUCAACCGCGUCCCCCAAGGCCUCCAGAAUAUGAAAUACCUCCAGAUGGUUUACCUCCAUGUCAACAACAUCACAAACGUGGGAGUGGACGACUUCUGCCCCAGGGGCUCUGGGAUGAAGAGGACAUUCUAUAACGGCAUUAGCCUGUUCAACAACCCCGUGAACUACUGGGAGGUGCAGCCUGCCACCUUCCGCUGCGUCACCAGUCAGCAGGCCAUUCGCUUUGGCAACUACAAGAAGAAGUAGAGAGAGAGAGAGGGAUAGAGGGAGAGAGAGAGAGAGAGAGAGAGAGAGAGAGAGAGAGAGAGAGAGAGAGAGAGAGAG